AUGGAUCAAGCUAGGCUCUGCCAAGCCACCGCAGGCCUAAACGCCUUCCACGCCAAUGACUCGGACCAGACCAGGAAUUGCAGUCCUGAAGAAAGUUCCAUCUACCAAGAUGGCACCCCGUUCUCCUGGAAGGUGGUUCUCACCGUCAUCUUGGCUCUCAUCACUUUGGCCACAAUAUUGUCCAACGGUUUUGUUAUUGCCACUGUCUACCAGAGUCGUAAGCUCCACACCCCAGCCAAUUAUCUCAUAGCUUCCUUGGCGGUCACUGACCUUCUGGUAUCUCUCCUGGUCAUGCCAAUCAGCACCAUGUACACUGUGACUGGGAAAUGGACCCUGGGCCAGAUUGUGUGUGACAUUUGGCUCUCUUCAGACAUCACUUGUUGCACUGCUUCCAUUCUCCAUUUGUGUGUGAUUGCCCUGGACAGAUACUGGGCCAUCACAGAUGCAGUUGAGUAUUCGACUAAAAGGACUCCCAAGAGAGCAGCAGGCAUGAUCGUCCUGGUGUGGGUCUUCUCCAUCUCCAUCUCAAUCCCUCCUUUCUUCUGGCAGCAGUCUAAAGCUGAAGAGACGUCUAACUGUGUGGUGAAUUCAGACCACAUCUUAUAUACUAUCUAUUCCACCGUGGGGGCGUUCUAUUUUCCUACCUUGCUGCUGAUUAUCCUUUAUGGAAGGAUCUAUGUGGAGGCCAGAUCUCGGAUUUUGAAACAGACGCCAAAGAACACCGGCAAAAGAUUAACUCGGGCUCACUUAAUAACAGAUUCCCCAGGGUCAACAUCUUCGGUCACUUCUAUAAAUUGCAAGGUCUCAGAAGCAUCCAGUGAAAUGGGGUCUCCUGUAUAUACAAACCAGGUCAAGGUGAAGGUAUCGGAUGCUUUUCUGGAAAAAAAGAAACUGAUGGCUGCCAGAGAGCGGAAAGCAACCAAGACUUUAGGGGUUAUUUUAGGAGCCUUCAUUGUAUGCUGGCUACCCUUCUUUAUCAUUAGUUUAGUGUUGCCUAUUUGUAAAGAUGCUUGCUGGUUCCACGUGGCCAUCUUUGACUUUUUCACGUGGCUGGGAUAUCUUAACUCUCUGAUCAACCCUAUCAUCUACACUAUGUCCAACGAAGACUUCAAACAAGCAUUUCAUAAAUUGAUACGGUUCCGAUGCACAAGUUGA